AUGUUGGAUACAAUCACUGCUAGAGGUUGCUCAAGAGGUCGUGGAGUGGCAACAACAUCUGUGGAGAGAGCUUUCUCAUCUAUGAAUAUCAUUAAAACUGAGUUGCGGAAUAAGACAGGAGACGAAUGGCUUAACCAUCGUAUGGUGUGUUAUAUUGAGAGGGAUAUAUUUACAAGCAUUGAUGAUGCAAAGAUAUUGGAUUAUUUUCAAGGCAUGAGAACCCGCAGGGUGAAUCUACCUCGUACUAGUGGUUCUGGAGCAAGAAGCACUGAUGUUGAUGUUGACAUGAUAUAUUUGGAAGGAGCUACGUCAUAA